AACAUAAUGAUUGGAACAACAGUUGCUGCUUUUUUUUACCUUCCGGAGGGGCGUCCCAAUUUGCUAGAGAAUUUCAAUAUACUUGGUAUAUGUGAUUCUCUGGGGACUAAAACUACGGAGGAUUUGCAGAUCAUACCCAUGGCAUGUAAGCUUACAAAGUAUGAUGUCAUCCGGACUCCAGAUGAGGACAUGCAUGUCCUCAUUCUUUGCGCAGCAGCAAACGGUGGGAUUCUAAAGCGGUUGAGAAAUCAAUUCAGAGCGGAGCUCGAGAAACCCCAAAACGAGCGCCCCAAAACUGCUGCAGCGAUACAUGAAAUGAUGGGUUUGCACAUUACGGCACUCACCAACUCACAGAGAUUUCAGGAUAAAGGAAAUCCCCCCUUUUGCUUUACUGUAGCUGGCUGGCUGAACUCUAAAGACCCAUUCAUAUUCAAGGUGGGGUUUGGUGUUCCGGAUUUGGACCCUGAUUUCAAGUUCUUGUAUUCUGCUUUCGAGGGCAGUGGUUCUAAUUAUGCAGAACAAAUUUUUAAUGCACUUCUUAGCGAGGCUGUUGGAGUGGAGAUGGACGACAAUAAAAAAGUACCGGUGAUAGCCCAAAGGGACGCCAUGCUCUGGGCAAAAAAGAUAAUAACUUUUGCAGCAUUACAUGAUCCCCGAACUGGGGGUAUCCUUCACUCUUUUACUUCUUCAGCUAGGGGGGGGGGACCAACUCAUACUCAAGAUCCAAUUUCUCCCAUGACAAUGGCCAACCCUGACCCGGAUGCCAUACUUCAAGGCCUCUGGACUAAAGCGGAUGAGAGAGAGGUUCAAAGAUGGUUGGCUGAGCAUGAAAAUAGCCGUUGACUUUGCAUUGGUCUAAGGGGCAGCUACUCUGGGAUAAAGAAUAGGGAGCCGA